AUGGGUUCAGAGGUCUCGGUCCUCAGGGUUCAGAAGGCUCGGUCCUCAGGGUUCAGAAGGCUCGGUCCUCAGGGUUCUGAAGGCUCGGUCCUCAGGGUUCAGAAGGCUCAGUCCCCAGGGUUCAGAAGGCUCGGUCCUCAGGGUUCAGAAAGCUCGGUCCACAAGGGGUUCAGAGGUUCGGUCCUCAAGGUUCAGAAGACUCGGUCCUCAAAGUUCAGAAGACUCGGUCCUCAAGGUUCAGAAGGCUCGGUCCCCAGGGUUCAGAAGGCUCGGUCCUCAGAGUUUAGAAGGCUCUGUCCUCAAAGUUCCGAAGACUCUGUCCCCAGGGUUCAGAGGUCUAGGUCCUCAGGGUUCAGAAGGCUCGGUCCUCAGGGUUCAGAAGGCUCGGUCCUCAGGGUUCAGAAGGCUCGGUCCUCAAAGUUCAGAAGUCUCGGCCCCCAGGGUUCAGAGGUCUCGGUCCUCAGGGUUCAGAAGUCUCGGUCCUCAGGGUUCAGAAGGCUCGGUCCUCAGGGUUCUGAAGGCUCGGUCCUCAGGGUUCAGAAGGCUCGGUCCUCAGGGUUCAGAAGGCUCGUGCUGUGCUGCAGUGUCGUGGCAGACACAGAAGAAGAAGUGAUCGGAGCUCGGUCUGGCUCCAGCGUCUCUCUUCUCUCCGGGGUGUGUCUGGGGCAACAGCGGCAGCUUCUGUGGACGUUCAUAAACUCUCACUCUCGCGUGAUGAUCGCCAAAGUUAUCCCUCCCAUCAUUGUGGAGCUGAACCCGAGCCUAGAGAGCCGGCUCCGUGUGAACGCAGAGACCGGAGACCUGCAUCUGUCCAACCUGACCCUCAACGACACGGGACUGUACCAACAGCUGUGCAUCGAACAAAGCAUCUCGUUCAAGUCCUACCAACUCAUCAUCUACCGUAAGACACAUGUGCUUUGA